AUGGUCGUCUCAGGAGAGGACGGGGGGACGCAGGUCAGGACGCAGCUGCCCCUUAGGCUCUGCUGGGCAAUUACGAUGCACAAGUCCCAGGGGCAGACUUUAGCCAAGGCCGUCAUUGACUUGGGGCCCAAGGAGGCCUGCACGGGGCUUACUUUCGUCUGUCUCAGUAGGGCGAAGAGACUUGUGGACCUCAUGGUAGAGCCCAUGAGUUUCGACAGGAUUGGUAACCUUGGAAAUUCGCCGACGAUGAAGGCUAGGCUGCAGGAAGAGGUUAGACUUGGGGAGUUAGCACAGAGUACGAGGGUCAAGUACACGGACAUGGGCGUCUUCAGCGCCGUCGCGGAGACGGAUCGUGAAGCACUUGCCGCCCUUUCUCUGUGGACCGGCAGCCGUUGGAGGGCAGAUGCAUACUGGGACACAGACUAUCAUAUUGGGUCGUGGUAUGGGGUCCAAGCAAACGAUGAGCGCCGCAUUGAGCGGCUGGAGCUAGGAAGCAACAACCUUCGAGGUAUUUUUGUUCACAGGGGAACUGCUACUGCUGUCUAG